AGACGUCAAUCACACGCUCCUCCUCCUUCUCAUCGUCCUUCUCCCUUCUCCCAUCCAGAUUAUCGAAAUCGCAGCCACCGCCGAGUGAUUUCCAUCGCUUCCCAGUUGAAGAAUCGAUCAUGGGUUCGAUCGCCGGAGAAGACACCGAUUGGAACAUCGUCGCCACAAGCUGGACCGUCUCAGCCGGCCGUCUCGCCGACUCGGUGGCCGUCGAAUCGCCUCUUUCUCCGAUCGAUGAUGACACGGCCGGGUCAGCUCCUAAAACGCCUCUCCUUCUGCGCCCUCCCUCGCCCGAUCGCAGCCCCUGCGAAAUCACUAUUUCGCUCGGAGACAUGAGGUGCGCCAAGUCUAUGUCCGUCCGAAGCACCGCUCGAGUUUAUAGGGACCAAGUUUCUGACGGGGAUGUUCCUCUGGCGGCUAAUCCUGCUUCUCGUGGGGACUCUGUGGAUGAGUUUGCCGAAGAAAGAUCCAAAAGUGAGAUCAAUUCGAAUGCUGGUGAAGUCGACUGGGUUGAAGUGAAGGCGCCCAGCACUUCAUUUGAAACUAACAGAGAUGUCGCUGCGUCUUUGAAGUCCUCUGUCAAGAUGGUGAUUCACGGUUGUUACGCUUGUACGGCAGGCAAGACAUAUGUAGGACCUGAAGGUGCUUGGAGUGCUUAUGAGAUUGUAUAUGGAUCCAGAUUUGGAAAUAGGAUGCAGCUUUAA